AUGAAAGAAUCUAGCAUGAUCUUAGCCGAAAGAAGUCCAAAGGCUCUGGGAAAGUGGAAGACCGAAAGUGAAAGAAAUAGAAGUGUAGACCGAAAGUCGAAAGUAUGGAGGUGUCAAAAGGCGACAUCACAAACAUCUAAAAUCGCCAGAACAAACAAAAAUUUUACUUUCUUGGCCUUUAGAAAGUCUCAGAAGUCCCGAUCUGAAGGAAUAACAAUCUAA